UUUAUUCGGUGAACUAUAUCCGAAGGCCUGUACAACAAUGUAACGAACAAUCUGAUUCAGACAAAUUGAAUAUAAAUAGAACAACAAAGACUCCUUCAUCACCGCGUCGAAGCAAUUUGUCAACGCUUUAUGUGCAUCUUAUUCCUCUAAAAUCAUGAACUACCCGUACAUUUUGCUCCCGUUGGGCAAAUUUCGUUAAGAAUGAAGAAAACGCGUCCAAUGCCGAUGCAUUUAAUUCGAUUUUCGUUUAUAAUCUCAGUACAACAUUUUCCUUUGUGGAUGUUGGCACAGUAGUUCUAAAUAUACGCGCUGGGCUGAGUCUCUCUGCGGCUAUUUCGUGUGACAUGGCAGUGUGCUAUGGGGAACGCACAUGUCAAACCCCAUCCCCGCACCCGAAAUAAGAAGCAAGUACACUGGAAAGCCGCAGCCCGUCCUCAAAGACCCGGCAAGCCGCAGCUAGUGUCCGAGACAGAAGCUACACCUGACUUGGUCACCAUCUGCUGGACACCACCCGCUAGUGAUGGAGGUUCACCAAUAUCUGGCUAUCUGGUCGAACAUCGCAGAGCAGGGUCUCCGCACUGGGUUCGCGCCGCUCCACUGCUUGUUCAGAUCUCGGAAGUAACUAUAAGUGGACUAGAACCGGGAUGGAGGUACCAAUUCAGGGUAAGCGCCGAAAAUGCCGUGGGUAUGUCCGAUCCCAGCGAACUUUCCGAACCGAUAACAGUAACACUGCAAAGGUCUGCCGUAACUGCUCCUCGCUUCACCCAAGAACUUGAAGACAAAGUUGCUUUAGAAAACGAAAAAAUCGAAUUUGUCGUCCACUUCCUUGGCCAACCCGCCCCGAAAGUGUGCUGGUUUAAGGAUGGAUUCGAGAUAUUCAGCAGUCGAAGAAUAAGGAUCCUAACAGAGAGCGACAGAAGCGUUCUGACUGUACACCAAACCUCUCUGUCUGACGAAGGAGAAAUAAAAUGUACUGCAACAAACCGCGCUGGGCAUGUUUCGACGAAAGCUGCGUUAGCUGUAGAAGCCCCUCCUAGCAUAAGGCUUCCCAGGCAGUAUGAAGACGGCUUGCUUUUCGAAAUAGGCGAAUUAAUACGAUUAAAAGUGUCAGUGGCUGGACGUCCGACUCCGUUAGUUUUUUGGAGCCAUAACGGAGAAUCUAUAAAAAAUAACGACCGAUAUGAAGUUGAGUAUGUUGACAAGUCGUCAGUUUUAAAAGUGAACGAAGCGCAUAGAAACGACAGAGGAGAAUACCAAAUCAAGGCUGUGAAUAAGUUAGGGGAAGACACACAAUCAUUUUUGGUGACAGUUACAGAUAAACCGUCCCCACCGAGUCGAGCGAGAGUGGUGAUGGCACUUGGUAGAUCUGUUACACUGUCAUGGGGUUCACCAGAAGACGACGGUGGCUGCAAAAUUGGUAAUUACAUAGUUGAGUACUACAGACUCGGAUGGAAUGUAUGGUUAAAAGCAGCAACAAGCAGACAACUCACGACUAUGCUGGGAGAUUUGAUAGAAGGCAGCGAAUACAAAUUCAGAAUCAAAGCAGAAAGUCCCUAUGGAGUCAGCGAUCCAAGUGAAGAAUCCGAAGUUGUCUUCAUACCGGAUCCAAAGAGAGGUAUUUUACUACCACAAUCCAGAGGUAGAAGUCAGCCGAAAGACAUACUGCAGGAAGUUACUACCCCAAUAGCAACACGGAGAAAGAAUAAACCUCGUUCUCAGUCAUCAUCGAGAGUUGAACACGGUUACCGUGAACCGGACGUUAUUUCGAACAUACCAAAUUCCGGUGUCCCUGUAAGGCCUGAAAGAAGUAAGAUUAAGAGUCCUCCAAAGACUCCUGAAGCAUCUCCCCUGAUAACUAGAAAGCAAGUUGAAGCGCAGGUAAACAAAAAGAUUUUCGAACUGUCCGAUAGAUCUUCAAUGGCCAGAGAAUUGGCAUACGGCAGUCCUGAUAUCAAAAUGAGAUGGGAUUCGGACUUGGCACCGAACUAUCUUAGUAGUCUCUCUAGUAGCUCGGACAAAUCAAGAACGCCUAGUCCAGCGGCAGAAGAGCAGUUUAACCACAAGGUAUACGCAGUCAAGAUUGAGCCACCAUCACCACCACCGCCACCACCAAGUAAUGCGAGCAGAUCGCCAAGUCCAGACAUACGUAAAAUUAAAUCUCCAAGGGAGAACAAUGAAAAUUUUACUGGAAGUUCAGAAUUUAUGUUGGUCCUCUACUCAGAUGAACAUGAAAAAGGUCAAUCGGAUUUUGAUUUUGACGACAUUUCAGUACCUCCCCCAAUGUCACUUUCUGCUCCAGAAUUAGGGGCUGAACCGCCCUUAUUUAACGGAUUAAAGAGUUCAGCAAGUUCCACAGAACUUUUACAUGAAAGAGCUAUGAUGCGAUUCUACCAAGCAGCGGAAGCGGAAGAAGCAGAGUUGGAGAGGAAAAGAAAGGCUAAGGAGAAUAAGUCGCACACAAUGGAUGUUCCUAAAAUACUCAUCAACUCUAAAGAUGACCAAGACAUAGUUGGGCUCGAUCGCCAACAUUCUUUAAGAAGGAGAAUGUCGGCAGGAGGGAUUAGCCAUCAACAAACACUUUGGGCGCAACGAAGACAUAGUUUAAGAAGUUCUGGUGAAAUGAAAGGGGACAUUUUGCAGACCGGUCUCCACAAAUUCCCAUUUACAAGUGAUAUGAAAAGAGAAAUAAUGAAUAAGAAAAAGAAAAUUUCUAUAGCCGAAGAAGACAAAUGGGCAGAAGAUUACGUUUCCAGUACCGAAGAAGAUUCUGAGUCGUCUGAAGAGGACAGGGUGCCAUCGUCAGAAGAUGAAAAGCUGUUCAGAGAAAAACUGUCUAGGCGAAUUUCGUACGAAGAUGAAGACGAAGUAGAUACUUAUCACCCUGGGAUGAGAUCGGAACCUUUCGAGAUAUUAACUAAAAGGAAAGAACCUCCAGAUCCAAAUUUUAUUCCUAAACCUAUAUUAAAGAAAACAGAUUACGAGGAAGAACUUAAUGAAAACAAAUUAAUCCCUUCUCUAUAUGUACAAGAAGUAGAAGAAAAACCAAAGAAACGCUCACACUCUCCUAUUCCUCAAAAUAUUACGAAUCUGUUAAAAAAGGAACGAUCAUACUCUUUAGUUGAUGGCGAAGCUGAUAUCAAAACAGUAAGAAAUAAAUUUCAACCAAGUAUACCGACAACACCUAGACCUAGAUCAUUUUCUCUUUUACCACAAAAAGAACUACUAUCGAAGCAACUGGAAAUUCCAGAGGACUUCAUUCUUCCGGAAAGUGUAAAUAAAGUUGCACCUGGUUACAGCAUUUCCGCAGUAGCGCAAAUAUCAGGGAUUGCAGCAGCAGGCGUUAUUAUUCCAGAAAAACUUUUGGAUAGAAAGAAAGAUGAAGAGGAAGCGAAGGUAGUAAUAGAUCAUUAUGGGGACAUAGUUAAAAACUAUGGAAAGAGGAAGAGGAGUAAUCCCCAAAUACAUUUAGACAGAGAUUCUUUAAAAAAACUAGCUGAAGAUGUUGAAACCCCACAAGCUAUUUUCGAAGCUCCUGAUCCACAAAUAGAGAGUACUUCACCAACUCAUAGCUUUAAUAAUAGUUAUAAUGACAAACCAACUGAAGUAAUUGAAAAUAAAUCAAGCAAAGAGAAUUUGAAAACCGUUCAUGAACCAUCAAGAAAUCAAAAAGUUUCCCCUGAAAGAAAACGUGAACGAACUUUGUCAAAAUCGCCACCUAAGCAAAUGGUUCAUAGAGAAACGUCUCCGAGAAAGUCACCAAGCAGAUCAAAUUUAUCCAUCUCGCCAGUCCGAGCAGAAAACUGGAGCACCCUAAAAUCUAGUAAUAAAAAAGUAGAGAAACCACGACGGAAAACAUCACCAUCACCCAUGCGCCGAGAAGUUGGUAGAAAAACGUCUCCUUCUCCUUUGCCCAAGGACAGAGUAAGAAAGACGUCACCUUCUCCUCUACCUAAAGAAAGAAGACGGAAAACAUCACCCUCGCCUUUGUCUAAAGACAGAGUAAGAAAAACAUCGCCCUCUCCUUUGCCCAAAGAGAGAGUACGAAAAACAUCACAAUCCCCUAUGCGUAGAGAAAGGAAAACUUCACCUUCUCCAUUUCGAACAAACCCUACAACUCUUCCAAUACCAGAACAGAAGCGCAGGCCAAUGUUACGUGAGAUCAUGACUCAAACGUCUGUAGGGCUGGAAUCACUUGACAGCGACUCUUGGUCAAGGACUUCUUCACCGUCUGGUAGAACCCAGAAACAGGAAGAGCUCAUGGCACGAGCUGAAGUAAAAGUACGUACGGCGCUCGACUACGUGACAGAUUUGGCCAUGUUUAUAGUUGCCUGUUGGUUGUAUUUAUUUAACAACGAAUUAUUAGCUCUGCCAGUCUUGUUGGUGAUGGUGUAUCGACAGCUGCAGGCCGAAAUUGCUAAAAGGAUACCUAAGUGGAUUUUGCGCAGACUUCACAAGAAGAAGAAGCAAUGAAUAGAAGCAGUUCUCUGUAUUCAAACAAUAUGUCAGUUAAUAUUUAUUUUUUGUUGUUAUUAUUGCAUUUUACGAAAAAUUAUUCGGCGGAUUUUUU